AUGUCCCAAUCACAGCGUGUUGUCGUUAUCGGAGCCGGCAUUGUGGGCACCAACCUCGCUGACGAGCUGGUCUCGCGGGGAUGGAAAGAUAUCACAGUCGUUGAACAGGGCCCGUUGAGCAUGCCGGGCGGGUCGACCUCCCAUGCCCCCGGCCUCGUAUUCCAAACGAAUACCUCGAAGACAAUGACCCACCUCGCCAGAUACACAGUGGAGAAGCUUCUGUCGAUAGAGAAGGACGGGAAGAAGUGUUUCAACCAAGUAGGGGGACUGGAGGUAGCGACAACACCGGCGCGAUUGGAGGAGCUGAAGCGCAAACACGGCUACGCCACAUCAUGGGGCAUUGAGUCGCGAUUGGUGGGCGCCGAGGAGUGCUUCCAGAGGUACCCCCAUCUGAACAAAGAUAUGGUCCUAGGAGGUCUGCACAUCCCCAGCGAUGGCCUUGCAUUGGCUGCCCGCGCGACGCAAUUGCUCAUUGAGCGAACCACAAAGGCCGGCGUGCGGUAUCUGGGUCACACCCCCGUGACCGGCAUCGAGCGGGCGGGUCGUCGCGUGACCGGAGUCACCACGCCUGGCGGUACUAUCCCAGCAGAAAUCGUGGUCUCCUGUGCUGGAUUCUGGGGUGUGGAGUUGGGUGCUAUGGUCGGUGUGCAGAUCCCUCUGCUUCCGCUCGCGCAUCAAUACGCGAAAACAACGGCUGUGCCGGCGCUCGCUGGGCGCGCGAUCAAUUCCUCAAUCAAUGGAAUGAAUGCCGAGCUCCCGAUUCUUCGUCACCAGGAUCAGGAUCUAUAUUAUCGUGAGCAUGGCGACCAGUACGGAAUUGGAUACUAUGGACACCGCCCUAUGCCAGUGGUCGCAUCCUCGCUAGGACUCACUCCCCAACAUGUUGACGACAAACACAUGCCUUCCCGCCUCGACUUCACCACAGAGGACUUUGAUCCAGCUUGGAAGGAAACUCAGAAGCUCCUGCCCAUUCUACAACAGACGGAGAUUGCUGACGGCUUCAAUGGCAUCUUCUCCUUCACGCCCGAUGGAGGCCCUAUCCUGGGUCAGCCAUCUCAUCUCGAUGGCUUCUACGUAGCAGAAGCAGUCUGGGUGACCCACUCAGCAGGAGUAGCCCGAGCUCUGGCACAGAUCCUUACAACUGGUCAGUCCGAGAUUGACGUGUCAGAGUGCGAGUUGUCGCGCUUCGAGAAAAUCCAACUCAGCCACGACUAUGUCAGCGAGACAUCACAGCAGAACUUCGUCGAGAUAUAUGACAUCCUCCACCCUCUCCAGCCACGCACAUCCCCUCGCAGCCUCCGUGUCAGUCCGUUCCAUGCCCGCGAGUCAGAACUCGGCGCUUUCUUCUUGGAAACUGGAGGAUGGGAGCGACCUUGGUGGUACGAGGCGAACAAAGACCUGGUCAAAGCCCUUCCACCCUCCUGGAAGCCAGUCGACCGAGACGCGUGGUCCGCCCAGUUCCACUCCCCCAUCUCUGCCGCCGAGGCCUGGAAGACGCGCAACGCUGUCGCCAUGUUUGAUAUGACCGCAUUCCAUCGCUUUGAGGUUUCGGGUCCAGGCGCAGUUGGCUUGCUCCAGCGGUUGACCACCGGUGAUAUGGCCACCAAGGUGGGCACAGUAACAUACACACUACUUCUCAACGACCACGGCAAGAUUCUCACUGAUAUCUUCACCCACCGGCUAGCUGAAGAUGUCUUCCAAAUCGGCGCGAACACAGCCACCGAUCUAGCUUACCUCGAGCGUGAAGCUAGAGUUCAAGGCCAAAACUCACCUGGACAGUGGGUUCAGGUCCGCGAUGUCACCGGAAGCACAUGCUGUAUCGGUCUGUGGGGCCCUCGCGCUCGUGAUGUCCUCGGCGGAAUCACCACAGAGGAUCUCUCCAACGCCGGUCUGCCCUAUUUCAGUCUCAAGAACACCAUUCUAUCAGGCAUUCCCGUAACCCUGAUUCGCAAGUCCUAUGUCGGCGAAUUGGGCUGGGAGAUCCAAACCAGUGCGGAGUACGGCCAGCGGCUUUGGGACACGAUCUGGCAAGCCGGAAAGCUGCAUGGGCUGAUCGCUGCCGGUCGCAGCGCUUUCAAUUCGAUGCGCAUUGAGAAGGGUUACCGAAUCUACGGGUCGGAUAUGACUACCGAGCACAACCCGUUCGAGGCGGGUGUCUCACACGCGGUGGAUCCAACCAAAUCGGCCGAUUUCGUAGGAAAAGCCGCUCUGCAGCGUCUCGCUGCCCAGACACCUGCACGACGCCUGCGACCUCUGACAAUUGAUGAUGGUCGCUCGGUUGUUUUGGGCAAAGAACCUGUGUUUUAUAACGGGAAGCCGGCUGGGUAUGUCACUUCAGCGGCCUUUGGGUAUUCUGUUGGGAAACCUGUUGCAUAUGCUUGGCUCCCGGGUAAUGUUAGAGAUGGCGAGAGUGUGGAGGUGGAGUAUUUCGGAAAGAAGAUUCGGGCGACUGUCGCUGCCGAGUCUCUGUAUGAUCCCGACAUGAGCCGCCUUACCCAAGAUGCAGUUGCCUCUCGGUCGCUAUCUGCCAGGUCGAGACUCUAA